AUGGCACCACCAAAAAAACAUCAAGCAAAUAGCUUUACGAAUAGAGUUUCCAAGGCGAACACUCAGACCAAUCCAGAUCGUGUAGUGCCCAAGGGUGCUACACAUCUGCGUUCGCGAUCCACUAUUCGUCGUCUGCAGAUGUACAGUGCACGUCCGAUUCGUACGCGUGAGGGUAAGUUUGUGAGUGGCGCCUACAUGUCGAAGGACACCUCGCACGACACCCGUAUUGCACCGGAUGCCCGUCUCUUUGGUAACGUUCGAUCCGUCAGUCAAGAGCAGCUCGAUACCUUCCGUGAGGAGAUGUCUUCGACCAUCGACAAUCCCUACAAAGUGCUGUUGAAAGCGUCGACUCUUCCGAUGGGUCUGCUCAAGGAUUCCACCAAGAAGACACAGAUGAACCUGUUGACCACCGAGUCGUUCGAGACAACGUUCGGUCCCAACAAACAACGUCGUCGUCCCAACUUGAAUGGUCUCGUCGACUACGACACCAUGGUGAACAAGGCGGCCAGUGGAACGGGCGAGUACGACGAAACCAAGGAUUCCAACAUCAAGGUGGAGCUGGACAUGCGUGAUUCGCGUCGUCUCGACAUCUUUGACAAGGGUACCAGUAAGCGUAUUUGGGGUGAGCUCUACAAGGUGAUCGAUUCGUCCGAUGUGCUCAUUCAGGUGCUCGACGCUCGUGACCCAAUGGGAACGCGUUCCAAGGUGUUGGAAGCAUCGCUCCGAAAGAACUCGCGUCACAAACACUUGGUUUUCGUGUUGAACAAGUGCGAUCUCGUGCCGACAUGGGCCACCGCCAAAUGGGUAGCCGUUCUCUCCAAGGAGUAUCCAACGCUCGCUUUCCACUCGUCGAUUACCAACCCGUUCGGAAAGGGAGCACUCAUCCAGUUGCUCCGUCAGUUCAGCAAGUUGCACUCUGACAAGAAGGAGAUCUCCGUUGGUUUCAUCGGUUAUCCCAACGUUGGAAAGUCGUCGAUUAUCAAUACGCUAAAGUCGAAGCGUGUCUGCAAGGCUGCACCGAUUCCCGGUGAGACUAAAGUCUGGCAGUACGUCACUCUGAUGAAGCGUAUCUUUUUGAUCGAUUGUCCGGGUGUCGUGCCUGCCACUGGCCAAGCGGAGGCGGACCUCGUUCUCAAGGGUGUCGUUCGUGUCGAGAAUCUCGAGGAUGCCACCGAGUAUAUUCCAGAGGUGUUGCGUCGUAUCAAGCGUGAAUAUCUCAUCAAGACCUACAACAUUGCCGAGUGGACCGACCACGAAGACUUCUUGACCAAGUUGGCCGAGCGCAAGGGUAAGCUCUUGAAGAAGAACAAGCCCGAUCUCAAUGCCGUCGCCAAGCUGAUACUCUAUGACUUCCAACGUGGACAAAUCCCAUACUUUACACCACCCCCCGAGUUACCAAAGGAGGAGUAUGAAAAGUUGAAGAAUGAAAGAGCCGGAAUCAAGACUGAAGUUGCUACCAAAACUGAGGAGACUGAAGUUAAGAAUGAAGAUGGAACAACAACAACUACUACUACAACAACAACUACUACAACAGAUACUAAUCCAGCUACUACUGCUGCUAUUAAGAAGGAAAAGUUGUUUGGAGAUAUCAAAGUGAAUCAAAGUUUGAAACUUGUCAAGGUUAAAUCAGAGUUUACAGAGGAGGAUCAAAAGGGUGACGAAUAUGCAGAUCCAUUCGAGGAUGAACCAGACUGGGAUGAAUUGUAUCAGAAUCAGAUGAGUGAUGAUGAUGAGGUUGAUGAUGAUGACGAAGAGGUUAGCGGUGAGGAAGACGAAGAAGGUAAUGGCGAUGACGACGAUCUCUCAGACUUGGAUGAUUUGGAUUCAGAGUUUGACGAAGAGGCAGAGUUGGCAAAUAACGAUUUACAAAGUGAUAGUGAAAGCGAAGAGGAAGAGCAAGUUUCAAAGAAGAAUAAGAAUAAGAGAAAGGCAUCAAAGCAGCCAACUCAACCAACAACAGCAACUAAGAAAUCCAAUAAGAAACAACAACAAGCUCAACAAGAUGAAACUUUUACAGACUCAGAGGAUGAAGUUAAACCAAAGAAACAAAAGAAACAAAAGAAAGAAGUAUCUUUGCAUUUACCAUUGUUGGCCAACGCCAAAGCAGCCGCUGAAAAGAAAGCUAAACAAGUUAUUGUUCCAAGAAAUCAAUACAAAGAAAAUAUUCCAGAAGUAUCAUCCGAUGAAGACUCUACACCAAAAGAUAAAAGAAGAACAACUAAUAAACAAAAGGUUGGAGUACAUUUUUAUGAGACACAUAAUGUAAAGAAUAGAAAUCGUGCUCUAUUUAAAUUUCUUGGUUUUUAUUAUAAUAAUAAUCUAAAGGGUUGUAGUAUUACUACAGUUUGUAUCGUUGGUAUAUAA